CCAAGUAACACAGGGGUAUCGUCAUUCAUCCUCUUCCAAACUCGCCUACUCCAGUAGAGGCCGUUUAGCAGUCACCUAACGCCGCCUCGUUAUCACGUAUCUAUCAUAAGCUAUGCAUCUGUCUUGGUUAUGGUUUAUCUUGGGUCUUUCCCUUAUUGUUGGGGCGAACCCAGUCAAGCCAUCCUCGCCAAAAUCAGGAAAGCCAGGCUCGUCGAAACCAGUAAAGUCAGGCUCAAUCAACGAAGGCGACUCGCGGCUUCGCUGUGGCGUUGUUGCGUUUGAACCUGAUGGCCGUGUCUGGAUGGUUGCUUCCAAGAAAGACGGUUACAUCCUGCCAAAGGGUGGAUAUGACGAAGACGAAGAUUCAAAUAUGCACGACUGUGUAGAACGCGAGGCCAAAGAGGAAGCUGGGGUUGAAGUCGAUCGUGAUUCUAUCGAAGCUCUUCCCGUCAAAGACGGCUCGGUGCACUGGUUCAAGUGCACAGUAUCGAGCCAUGGAGCCCGUACUGACCCUGAACUGGCAAAACGCAAACCACCAAAGGCAUACUCCGUCCCAAAAGCAUGGGAAAUGCUGAAGAAAGGUGACCAGGAAAAGAAGCAAGGCAUGCAUAAAGCCCUUCGCGCUGCAACUGAAGAAUAGUCGAGUGGGAGGGGAUAACGCACACGAGGGGCAUUUUAGGGAACCCACUGCAGAACGGCCUUUUCGGCCGGCCGCUCAGUAUCAACAAGGGGACUGUCUAGAGCUUCAUCUCAGGGAACGAAUCUCGUCGUGGAUCUAGGUGCCAAUGAAAGGGCCUGCUGAAGGCCCAGUCGAGCAACAGGGAGCAGCCAACGCACUCAAUGUACACAACAUUGGCCUACUACUAUUAUUCGAUAAUUAAGAGUCAUAUACACCUAUACGCCGAC